CAAAGAUGACUGCAUUUGAAGAGAUGGGCAUAAUGUCGGAGAUCGCAGAAGCGGUCGAACGCAUGGAGUGGACGCUUCCAACGGAUAUCCAGUCGGAAGCGAUUCCACUGAUUCUUGGCGGUGGAGAUGUGUUGAUGGCCGCAGAGACGGGCUCUGGAAAAACGGGUGCUUUUUGUCUUCCGGUUCUUCAGAUUGUUUGGGAAACUAUUUACGACAAUCACCCGAAAAAGCGUUCAAAUGAUGGCCAAACCAAAUGGCAAUUGAGUCCAACGGAUAGAGAACUGAAUCUAUCGUUGAGUGCCGACGGGUUGUCCGCUCAGAGCAAAGGAGACCAGCGAUGGCAGGGAUGUCGUGCCAACUACGGUGUCAAACGGGACCCGACAUCCAAAAUGAAUCGCUUCUACUUUGAGGUGCACUUCACAGACCCGGGUCUGGCACGGGUUGGCUGGUCUCUGGGCGGCGCUAACCUGGAGUUG